AUGGGCGGGGUCAAGCGGAAGAUCGAGGCCACCAAAGGGUCGACUGCAGCACCUUCCGGCGGCCCUCCUGCCACCCCUCUGAGCAUCGAUCACUCUGCUGCUGGGGACACUUCGCACAUUCGUGUGACUCGAAGUCUGCGUGCAAGCCAGGACGCACGUGCCCACCAAACUGAUACCAACAGAAGCAACGCUCACACCCCCACCACCAGCAACAAGAGUGGUCCUAACCGUCCAUCCCGAAUCAUCACGCUCAAGACUCGUCCACGCGUGUCCAGUACUGCUGCAAGCAAUGCCGCAAGCUAUGCCGCAAACAAUGCAGCAAGCGGUUCCGUAAGUACGACUCGUGAGACCCGUGCCUCUCGAACGCGGGCCGCUCUGCCUGCUGCCCCGGCUGCUCCACCCCAGCUGGACGGCAUGGCUUCGUCGACUGUACCGGAAACUCCUCGAUCCAAACGGAUCAAGCGGGGUCCGACGGUCGAGGAAACCCCCCGAACGACGAGACAGUCGGCCCGGUUGCGACCGCACCUCCAGCCGGCCGCAAGUGAGAAUGCGCCGGCCGAGGCAGACAGUGCAGUCAAACGACCCGAGGAGGCUAGUCCUUCCGUGGGUGUUGCCUCUGGCACCCGGACUCGCAAACGAAGUCGACAAACCGUGGACGGGAUGAAACCCCCGGUCCACGACGCCGUCCCUGACCCUGCGGAAUCGCUGCCCAAAGCGCCUUCUCCAGACGCCGCUGCCCCCGGAAAUGCACAGGAUGCCAAGCAGUUGGAUGGCGAGCCUUCGCGGAGCCUAACCAUUACAUUUCCCCGGCCCGCAGACGAGACCCGCGACGGUGCCGCUUCCCCAGAAGAGAAGGACAGCCUCGGCGAAUCGAUAGCUGAGGAGGCCGUGAGCCCUACCACGAAACCAGGCAGCCCGUUAGCAACCCGAAAGCGCAGAUCUUCGGAGGCCGAGGAUGACAGUGCUGCCGACCCCAGCAGUCCCGUCGCUUCCCCCAGCAAGAAGCCCAAGGUGGAAGAAGGGGAGCCUGCCUUGGAGAACCCAUUACUAAACGACCCUAUGGAGAAGCCCGAGUCGCAAACGCCGGAGGCCGGUGCAGCGGAACCUAAAACCGACAGUGAAUCUCGGCAGAUCACGGAGGAGGUUGAAGGAUCGACGCCCGAACUUGCCAUGGGUCCUGCCGGCGGCAAGACAUUCCGGGGUGGUCGGAAUCGAGGGCGAGGGCGUGGCGGGCGCAGCAGAGCAGCGGCACGCUUUGCGGCAACCCGACGUGGGCGGGGCGGUGCUCGGAGUGCCCGCGGAGGCCGCACGGGUCGUCAGCUCGAUCGCUCGAGUGACGUCGAGCUUGAACGCUCCCCGUCCCCCAGCGCCGCUACGCAGAAGCUCCGGGAUCGUCAGCGUGAACUCGACAAGGCGUUCAAGAAAGUGGCGGCCGCCCAUCGGCUGGCGUUGGCCGUGCUGGCAGACCAGUCCGAGAAAAAGCUCGCCCGAGAUAAGAAUGCCCAUAAAAAUGUCCCCGAGUACGACGAGAUCAAUGACCUCUUGCAAGAGAGGCUUCGAGAAAGACAAGCGUUGUUUCGCCGAGAGUACGAGCUCAAAGUGGAGCAAGAGAAUCGAAUGUAUGCCGCCAACAAGGAGAUCGUUGAACAGAGGUUCAAGACAUCGGCACGCUAUAUUCAAAAAGAGCAUUUCUACGCCAGCCAAGGAGACUAUAUGGCUUUUGUGGAGGGCCGUCGGGCGGCGGAGGAUGACGAGCACACCGAGACGGACGGCUCCGAGACCGAGCCGGAGCGGGGACCCAUCGUGUCCCCCGCGAAGGAAUUCAUCCGCGGCUUCAACUCCACCUUCGUUCGAGAUACGGCGGGGGCUGCUGCCUACGAUCGAGGCUACCAUGGCUGGGAGGAUUUCGUCCAACGGGCCAAACUGGGCGAUGACAUUGACCCGCAGAUGAAGGAAAUCGGCGACACCGCUGGCGCUGGUGGCCUCUCUACCCGGCAGAUCGUGGACAUGCUCCUGGAGGCAACGGGAAUCGUCGAAGUGCGACAUAGCGGAGCACCGGGGCGGGAGUUUUAUCCCCCAGUGGCUGCCGCCGUGCGUCCGACGGCGUUAUUUGCUCUGGCCGACGUCGCGGCGGCCGAGCUCCCUCGUCCCUCGAUGAUCCAGGCGACCCCCCGUCUUCCCACCCAUCGAACGCUUCUCCCUCAGCCUCCGCAACCUCCUCAGCCUCCGCAACCGCCGGUGGCCCACGGACCGACGGAUCCCCGAUCCUUCGUGCUCCCUCCUCCCACACCCCAUCGCCAGCCGCCGCGUCGACUUCUUCCUGCGGCGCAACAGAUCCCUCCCAUCAAUGAGCAGCUGGGACUGCCCGACCCCUUCGCCUCCCGCAGUGGUCCCCCUCAGCUUCCGCCGCCGCCAGGGUCGAACUUCCAACGGCCACCGCUGCCGGGGUACCUCGCUGGGCCUCAUCCGGCGCAUCUGUAUUACCCGCCGCCGCCGCCGCCACAUGGACCGCGGCCGCCCUACUGA